UAAAUACUUAAUUAACAUUGAAAUGAUUGUGUUGACGUUUUUAGCUACGUUUCUCGCAAUCGGUUUGGUGAGUUUUGUGAUAUAUUUGAAAUGGUCGUUCACGUAUUGGAUUAGGAGGAAUGUUUUCACAUUUCCCACUUCGCUUCCUUUCGGGAACGCUAAAGAUCAGUUCCUACAAAGGGCAAGCAUUGCCAAAGCCACCGUGGAUAUUUACAGGGAGGUCAAAGCAAGAGGAUUGAGAUACGGUGGUUUACACUUCAUGUUUCAACCAAUUUUCGUUCCUACCGAUCCCAUUUUGCUACGCCAGAUGCUAAGCGUCGAUUUCCAACAUUUUACCGAUCACGUGGACUACGUCAAUGAAUACGACGAUCCGCUCACUGGAAAUCUCUUCACCCUGAGAGGAGCCAAAUGGAAGGCCAUGAGAUCGAAGAUGGCAUCGUUUUUUUCCAGUGGAAAGAUGAAGUUGAUGUUCCAAACGAUGGUCGAUUGUACGAAGGAACUCCCGAACGUCCUGGACGCAGCGAUCCUUAAAAAGGAAGCCGUCGAUGUCAAAGAAAUUUUUAGCAGAUAUACUAUAGACAUAAUAUCGUCAGUAAUUUUUGGAAUUGAAGGCAAUUGUCUAAAGGAUUCAGACUCCGAUUUUAGGAAAUUCGGGAAACUUGCAGUCGCUCCAACAGGAUUAGAUGCCUUUAAGGUUUUCCUGAUACAGAUAAUACCAAACAUUAUGGAAACGCUUAGGGUUACUGUCACUUCCAAAGACGUCGAAUAUUUCUUCAUGAAUAUCGUCAAGCAAACUAUUGCGUUUCGAGACGCUAACAACGUCGACAGGAAGGACUUUAUGCAACUCUUUAUGAAACUAAGAGACGAAGACAUCAAAGCAACCACGAAAACUGAUAACAACGAGUCUCGGGAUGGCGAAACAGUUUAUUAUCAAUGCGGCCUGACAGUUAACGAAAUCGCUGCGCAGGCUUUUAUUUUCUACGUUGCCGGGUUCGAGACAUCGGCAACCACACUACAAUAUCUUCUUUACGAACUGACAGAGAAUCAGGACAUUCAGGAUAAAGUUAGGGAAGAAAUCGAACAGGUCUUGGGGAAACACGAGAAGAAAAUAACAUACGAAGCUAUACAAGAAAUGACUUAUUUAGAUAAGUGCAUUUAUGAAACUUUGAGAAAAUAUCCUCCGGUGCCAGCAGUAACAAGACGUUGCACUAAGGAGUACAAGGUUCCUGAUUCCGAUUUGACCUUAGAAAAAGGAACCGUUGCGAUGCUUCCAAUCUACGGAAUCCAUCACGACCCAGAUUAUUAUCCCGACCCUCAAAUCUUUGAGCCUGAACGAUUUUCGGAGGAGAAUAAGUCCGUUAGACCUCCGAUGACGUUCUUAGCUUUUGGAGAAGGACCCAGAAUGUGCAUUGGUUUAAGGCUCGGGAUACUUCAGGCCAAAGUUGGCUUAGUAGCUGUGCUGAAGGACUACAAAUUUACACUAAAUUCAAGGACUAUAACGCCAUUACAGUUUGAUCCCACCCAGUUUAUUCUUGCGCCCGUUGGAGGAAUUUGGACUGAUGUCGAAAAACUUUAACCGUAAAACCCUUAGCGAAAAUAUGGUUUGGGUUUAAUCUGCAAGGCGCUCUAUGACAUUGGGUAUUAAGCAGGAACGGACUUCUCUACUUUUCGGAAUGUUCGAUGCGUGUCUGUCUGUCUGUUAUGCCUAUGCCCUUGUAGUUUUUAUAAUGUUACAUUAAAUGUUAGUUAAAUUUUA